CACUCACUUACGGGUUCGAUACUUACCACAUAAUGGACAAGACAUUUCUCCCUCACCUUCAAAAAAUAGAACCUCAUGCACAGUUCAAAUUCAGUUUUCCGAUCAUAGAAUCGUCCCUUGGGAAGAAGUAUUAUGCCAAAGUAGGUUCACUCAACGAACGAGAGCAGUUCGUGGGAGAGGCAGAGUCGCUCAGAGCUAUACACAAUGCUGCACCAGGACUUGCUCCUCAGGUGCUCGCAGCGGUCGGUCCAGAUGAUUCUGCUGCAACAUCUGAACCGCCUUAUUUCCUGUCGGAAUAUCGCAGUAUCACAAGCCUUGCUUCAAACUACAAAGCAGGGGAGGAGCUUGGGACGAGGCUAGCCAAGGAGCUGCACGUGUACAAGAGUACCAUGGGCUUUGGAUUUCAUGUGCCUACCUUCUGUGGAGCAACUCGGCAAGACAAUGGCUGGCAUAAAACCUGGGAAGAAUGUUACAGCGCCAUGAUAGGAAGUCUCCUCUCCAAGCUUCGCGAGACAGGCAGGUUUUCAGAACUUUGCACCAAAGGAGAACAAGUGAGGUCCAAAGCGAUACCAUUCUUGCUUCGGCCCCUCGAGAUUGAGCCAGUGCUGUUGCAUGGUGAUCUGUGGAGCGGUAAUGCGGGCAUAGAUAAUUUAUCGGGUCAACCUGUCAUCUUCGAUCCAUCAUCUUACUAUGGUCACAACGAAGCUGAUCUGGCUAUCGCUCGUAUCUUCGGCGGGUUUCCACGAAGCUUUUUUGAAAAGUAUCAUGAACACCUGCCCAAGACCGACCCUGUGGAUCAGUACGAACUCAGAGCGGACCUUUACGAGCUCUACCAUUAUCUAAACCACACAAUCCUGUUUGGAAGUUCAUAUGCUGGAAGUGCUCUGCGCAAGAUGAACAUGCUCCUUGGGGCUUGCCCGUGAAUAAACACACGAGCCGUGACACAACAGGGAUUAUAUAUAGCAGGCAAACCAGUGUAACGGUCGAUGAAUCAAUAUUUUAUCUUCGUGACAGUUUCUCCGAGUCGACUAGCUCGAGGUUUAUCAAUG